AAUUUGUGUACCCUAUUCAUCAAUAAUUGACAGCUGGCGAAAAUUUGACAUUUGUCCAAUUUUAUGGACAUACAAAAUUCCAAAUUUUCAAUUUCAAAUAUUAUUAAAGCUCUUAUUGCUAAUUUUAUAUAUUUCUACAGGUUACCAAGUUCACCCCACCUAUUGAGUUAACUAUGAACUUGCUUAAAAAUAUAUUCACUCCCGCUUUGUCAAUACAAAGGAAUGUUGGUAAAUGUAAAUACAAUUGGUAUGGAGAAGGUAUUCAGUAUCUUGGAUUCAAAUAUUAUCCCAGGAAUGCUGACUUCAAAGAUCCACCUUAUGAACCUACGAAGCUGUUUCGAGUUGAAAGGAUAAAACCUAUGAAGGGUCUCCCUUAUUGGGAGAGACAUAUCUUGAAAGAACUGAAAUUAGAUGGAAAAAACCAUAGUUAUACUGUUGUGAAAAAUAUACCAGAAAUCAACCAUCGUCUUUGGAAAGUCAAACAUGUAAUUAAAAUUGCUCCAAUCACUUUUCCUGAUGGAUUACCAACUAAAGAUGAUGUAACUUAUUUAAAAGAGAAUGGUGAACUACAGAUAAUUAAGAAAAUUGGGCCUUUAGAAGAAAGGAUGAAACUGGCAGAUGCUUUCCGAAGUGAUGUAAAGAGGUUGGAUGGAGACACAUUAAGAAGGGACUCUAGGAAAAAAUGGCUUAGUGGAUGGGACUGUUAGAAGAAUCAAGGAUUUUCCAGUUUUUUUUUUUGUCUACUGAAGUCUGUCAACAGUGACAUCUGAUGGUUCUUGUUGUAAUCAUAUUUGUUUUUUUGUAGAGCAUGUUGAAAUUUUUGUAAAUUACUAAUAUACAUAGUUGUUAAGUUGUAUAUUGUUUAUUUCUUUUUAACUAGACGAUAUUAUGGCAGAUUCACUGAACGAAUGUGAAGAUUUUAGUGCUUUCCAGGAGAUACUAAAGAAUCUUCGCAAGACUGAUGAUAUUAUUGUGAGCACCAUAAAUUCCGCUAUCCCUACAGACUCAUUCCAUAGUGAUAUAGUCUCUGUCUGUAAAAAUAUACAUUCUAAUAUAGAAGAAGGCCACAAUAAACGAGAAAAGUUUAUAAAGAACUGCAUUUCAGUAACAACAGAUAGUGUAAAGAUGUUGAGAGCAGAGAAAGAAACACAUCCUGAUGAUCGUCAAAUAGUGAAAAAGCUCAAGGCAGAACAAACUAAGUUGAGGAUGCUCCAAGUCGAACUAACUGUGGAAGAUCUCAUAAAAGAAAGAAGUGCCAAAGUAUUCAAUGAGAGGUGUAGGACCUACUACAAGCCGUUAUGAUGAGUACCGUGAAACUAGCUUUAGCUUAGUUGUAUGCUUAGUGAUGGAGACCGUAGCAACUUAUUUCAGUUACUUUUUAUAUAUGAAGUGUUAUUUCUUCUGUAAAACUUGCGUAUUUUUAAUAAACCUCAUUCAAAAAAGGCA